AUGUUAAACAAUUUAAUAACCAUAAUAGCUGAAUGUUAAAUCAAUUCAGAAUAGAUUAAAUAACUCUUUGUUGAUCCACAUAUGGCUUUCCAAAUGUUAUCAUCUAAUGGACAUGAUAUAGAUCAAUCAGAUAUCAAAAGGUUCAUUUCACUUAAUGAUGAAGAAAUUAAACAUUUAAUCACAUAAUUCAAUUCUAACUCUGAUACAAGAUUUACAUAUUCUGAGUAUCCUUCACAUCAUUAUGUAGUUUCGCAAAUUCAUUGAAGAUCAAUAACAACAACCAUAUCAAAGAUGUACUUAUCAAACUUUUGUAAUAAGAAGCAAUUAAUUUUAAGUAAAUUAUUUGUGUUUUCCAUAGAUUAUAGUAAAGUUCAAAUACUUAAAGAAGAUUCUAAUUUUAAUCCUAAUCAAUUAUUUAAUUAGAUUGAUGAGUUUCACUAAGGCUAUAUUACUCAUAGGACAUUAAAAAAAACAACCAAUCUAUCUAACGACUAUAUCUCAGCCUUCUUUAGAUUUCUUGAUAAAGAUAAUGAUGGAAGAAUUUUUUAAACUGAAUUUUUAUCAGCCUUUAAAUGCCCAAAAAAAUUACAAUUAGCUCUUUAAUAUCAAGAUUUAAGAUAAAGUUAAGAAAAAGAAAAAUAUAUUAUUUUAUAAUCUUAAUAGAUUUAAUAAAAUCUUUAAAUAAGUGAAGAGAAAAAUAGUCAAUCUAGAAUUAAAUAAGUCUAACAAUUAUUACAAAGUAGAUAGAAUCUUGAUCGCUCAUAAGGUUAUAAUUCAUAUUCAUCCUUAUAAAAAGUUAGACAAUAAUUGCUAUAAAUUGACUAUAUUAGAAGAAACUCAUAACGUGAAACUUUUGAAAGACUUCUUAAAUAUUAACAUUAAUUGAUUAAAAAUAUCAAAGAAAAAAAUGAAGAAACAACUUAAAAAUAAAAAAAUCUAAGUAAUCUCCAUGAUUAAUUAUAUACCAUGAGAACACAAUAAGACUUAAGUCUUAAAAGAAAAAGAGAGUAUAGUAUUCAUAGCUAAUCUUAAUUAUGA